AUGGAGGCGGCAAGUACUGAUGAUCCAAAACCGCGCACAGUGGUGGUGAUAGGUCAUUCCUUCAUCAGGAGACUCGGAAUUUUGAUGCAGAAUGAACCAGAUUUUGAUAACUUACGACUAUAUAAAGAUAAAUUUAAAGUGUUAAUUAGAGCCAGGGGCGGCCUCAAGACACAAGAUCUAGCCAACUCUCGAGAAUUGCUGGACUUUCAGGGCAUACAUAUUGAGGGCGCCAUUUGUUUUAUGCAAAUUGGCGGGAAUGAUUUGUCAAAUCCACAAGCAACACCAAACAAGGUCGCUCGGAAUAUUAUGUCGUUAGCGCAAUUCUUACUGUUAACUAACAAAUUUUCCUUUGUAAUAAUUGGACAGUUAUUACGCAGACAUCCAUCCAAAGUAGGGGACCACUAUAAUUUUAAAGUGAUUGACACUAAUAAACUCCUGCAUGAUCAGUGCCACCGAUCUACCAGCAACAUUUUGUUCUGGCACCAUCACGGCUUCUGGGAUCCAGAAAUGAAAUUCUUGGCCAGCGAUGGGGUCCACCUCAAAGACAGCAGUCACGAUCACCGGGUCAUGAGGAAAUACCUCCAGAGCAUUAAGAGUGCUGUCCUCCAUGCCUCCCAUCUGCCAGGGUGGGAGAAUAAGGAUAAGUAA